CCGACUAACAACCCUGGAUCCAGCACGAUGCCAGCAUUGGAAGAAGAUGCUAAGACAUUAACGGAGCAAGAUUUGGCAACCACAGAAAGCGACUUCAUGGUCAAAGAGUUCCCCGGGAGUGACAUGAACGCUGCUCACGACUCCAACUCACCGACCUUCAGACACAGCUCGUACCGACGGCUGGCGAAGAACAUUCAGUACGGUGACGUGGCCAGGACAUGCUUAGGGUACUGGGGCAUCGUCGUGGUCAACACAGCUAUUAUCAUCACCCAGUUAGGAUUUUGCGUCAACUACAUCAUCUUCACAUCCAACGCCUUCAGUGCUUUCUUCCCGGUGUACAACUGUACCGUCACAGCCGACUGCGCCAACCACACCGUGCGAGUGUCACCGGACUGCGCCGAGAGUGUCACCUGGCGACGGUGGCAGGACGGGGAUCCGGACAACGGGACAAAUGGCGAUCUGACAGUCUCCAGCAAUCAGUCAUCUUCGUCGGACUUUGAGUAUUCUUCAGGUUUCGACAACGUAACUGGUGGAGUUUUCGCCUCCCCCUCCUCCACAGAGACUGCGUCCACCUGCGGACAGUUGCUGAAGGAGGUGUGGUCCAGUGCACCUGACCUGCAGCUGAUGGUCAUGGCGCCCACGUUGGUGUGCAUUCUGCUCGUUCUGGUGCGGAACCUUCGUCGUCUAGGACUUGUCAGUGCCGUGGGAAACCUCGCUCUGCUGGCUGGAGCUCUGCUAGUUCUGGGCCUCCUCAUAGCAAGUUUCCAGCUGUCCGACAGCUGGGUCGUGUCGCAGGUGACAGGACUGCCCACCUUUGUCAGCAUGACGGCUUCUGCCCUUGAGGGCAUUGGCACUGUGCUCCCUAUUGAAGCCAGCAUGGCUGAGAACCGCCAUAACUUCCCCGUCUUCCUGCUGGCGGGCCUGACGAUCGUGGUGGUUGUGGAUGUGGGUGUCAGCGUGCUGGGCUACCUAAGCUUUGGCAGCAGCACAGCGCAGAUCAUCACCCUCAACCUGCAGGCAGCCUCCCCGCCAGGUGUUGCUGUCAACGCCUUCCUGCUUGUCGGGGUCAUGCUGACCUUCCCACUCAUGGCAUUUCCUGUAGUACAGUUAGUGGAAAAGACUUUCUUUCGCAAUGAUAAACUUUGUGAAUGUGAGGUUAAAGACCCAGAGCAGUUAUCUCUUCUGAAGGAUCAGGAGGCUACAAACAAGGCAUGUGAUCAACAUCAUAGCAAGGCAUCACCAUGGAAACGCAGUCUGUUGCGUGUUGUCUUAGUGUUGCUGGUGGCAGGGCUGGCUGUGGUACUAAGAAACAACUUUGCCUAUGUUGCUGCAUUCACAGGUGCUGUGGGCAGCAUUACACUGGCAUAUACUCUUCCCUGCAUCUUUCACCUUCAGAUGUGCUGGUCAGAGUUGUCUGUGCCUGUCAAGGUGAAAGAUGUUGUCAUUAUUGUGACUGGACUCUCCUUCACCAUCUUGAGCCUCUUCACCACUGUGCAGGACCUGGUGACUAGGAACUGACCUGACCUCCAUGAGACCAUGUCCAAGGACAGCAUGCACUGUGCCAAUAUUGCAAGCAUAAUCAUUAGUGGUGAAGCAAUGAUGAAAGUGAAAUGUGUAUGCAAAAACAGAACUAAGUUUUGCCAUUUAUGUCUGAAGUUGGAAUGCACUCUUACAGUCUCUGUGCUCUUCUGUAGAUGGGAAACCGAUACAAAGCACUGAAACAGUAAGA